AUGGCCGCUUCAGAUCUUCAAACGGCGGCACAACUUUUACAACAAGAACAAGACUUCCAAUUUCUUGCUUUUGAUUCAACAAUUGCUUUAGAACUUGGUCUUUUGAUUAUCAAAACUGCUCAACAAAAAGGAAUUCCUGUAGUAAUUUCUAUUAAACUUAAUGGACAUCUUUUAUUUCACUAUUCUAUGCCUGGAACAUCACCAGCAGAUGUAGAAUUGGCAAGGAAAAAAAGUAAUGUCGUUAGUGAAUUCCGUCAUUCUUCUCUUUAUGUAGGAGAAUAUUUAAGCCAGCAAAAAGGAGAAAUAUAUUUUGUUGAUGAAAAAGAAUACGUGGCACAAGGUGGUGCUUUUCCAUUGAUUGUUAAAGGUGUUGGUGUCGUAGGAUCAAUUACUGUUAGUGGAUUGAUACAUACGGAAGAUCAUGAUCUUGUCAUUGGAUGUCUAAAGGAAUUCUUUGGAUUAGAAAAAGAAGGAAAAAACAAAGUUGAAUAG